GUUUGAAAAUUCCGUUCAAACUUCGCGGAGAUAUAAUUCUCUGCGUUGAAGGAAAAUAAAUCAAAAGGAAGAAGAAAAGUUUUCUUUGUAAUUCUCUUGUUUUUUGAACGAUGGAUGCUCAUCAUGCUUCGCUAGGUCGAAGAACGCUGGAGGAGAUUCGUCAAAAGAGAGCCGCCGAAAGAAUCAGCAAAGCUUCUUCUGGAUCUGAUCUCACCAAAGCUUCAAUCCCUACCGGUCUCUCCAUUAGCAAGUUAAUUCCAUAUUUUCCUUCGCCAGCCUUCUUUUUAAUUUAUUUUUAUUUUUCUAUGCUUGCAGAUAUUCCCGUCAUGAAGAAAUCAGGAAGCGGGAAUCGACUCUCUGAGGCAGAUGUUAGCGGUUUAGUAUCUCAGCUGAAGGACUUGCAGAAGAAAAAUGUCGAAUUAGAAGAAAAUAACAAGAUAUUAUCCUUGAAGCUUCAAGCAAAGGAAGUGGAGCAUGAAACAUUGCAAACACGGUUUAAUGAGCUGGAACAGAAUACUGUACCAUCUCUAAGAAAGGCUUUGAAGGAUGUUGCAAUGGAGAAAGAUGCAGCUGUUGUUGCACGGGAGGACCUCUCUGCCCAGCUUCGCAUGCUCAAGAAACGUUUGAAAGAAGCAGAAGAAGAGCAAUACAGAGCUGAGGAAGAUGCGGCAGCCUUGAGAGCAGAACUCAACUCAAUGCAGCAACAAGCGAUGAACAGUGCAUUUGGUGGAAUAAAUGCCAUUGGGAAUUCUCCAGAUCAAGUACAAGCAUUAGAAAAGGAAUUAGCUAGAUUAAAGUCUGAAUUACAGCAAGAGUCAUUGUCGAGGCAGCAAGAACGGCAGCAAUUAGUGGAGGUGCAAGGUCGGGUUUCUGCCCUGACAUCAGAAAAGCAGGAACUAGAAGAAAGACUUACUGCUAUAUCCAAAAGGGGUUCAGAAGUAGUCUCCGAAAAAGUGACCCGCAAGCAAUUUUCAGUGGAAGAUAAAGAAAAACUUGAGAAACAGCUACAUGAUAUGGCUGUAGCAAUGGAGAGGCUUGAAAGUAGUAGACAAAAACUUCUAAUGGAGAUUGAUAACCAAUCUUCCGAGAUAGAAAGGCUUUUUGAGGAAAAUUCUAAUCUCUCAUCUUCUUAUCAAGAGGCAAUGACCACAGCAAAGCAGUGGGAGAAUCAGGUUAAAGACUGUCUUAGUCGAAAUGAAGAGCUUCGUAGAGUUCUAGAUAACUUGAGAACAGAACAGGCUAGCUUGCUGAAUAAAAAUGGUUCCUCAGGAUUCGAUAAGGGUGGAGUUAUUGAAACUGGUUCACAGGCUGAUACAACUGAAAUUCUCUCCCUUAAGGGUCAACUUGUGCAAGAACAGAGCAGAGCAGAUUCACUAUCAGCAGAAGUAAUGCAGCUUUCAGCACGUCUCCAACAAGCAACACAAGCAUAUAGCAGUCUUGCACGCCUCUAUAAACCAGUUCUCCGCAACAUCGAAUGCAGUCUCGUCAAAAUGAAGCAAGAUGGCUCUGUUACUGUACAGUGAAUGCAAUGAGCAGUUUUUGUGUGGUGUAAUUUGUUUUUGAAUUCUACGGCACCAAUCCUUGUGCAGAGGAGUUCAAGUUCUUAACAGGCAUUUUUGUUCAUUUCAAAUGGUUACUGAAGUGAUAAUCGAGUAGUUUGUGUACUAUUGUAAUCCAGAGUUUAACUCCAGGCCUUUGGAAUCAAUUGUACUAGAAUUUUGGA